AUGUGUGAGUUCAGAGACAAAGAACUACGGAAAACAGUUGUCAACAUGGGAUAUGCACUAACAGAGGCAACAGUUAACUACUACAAGGGCGAAAUACGAAGAACAAAUAGAGCAGCUUUGGAGUGGAUAGACAGUAUUCCCAGAGAGAAGUGGUCGAGGGCGUUCGACGGAGGACAUCGAUGGGGACACAUGACAUCAAAUUUGGGCGAUGUUAUGAACUCGGUACUUAAGGCUACCAGAAACCUUCAUAUUACAGCAUUGGUCAAGUCAACGUUCUAUCGUUUGGGAUCGCUGUUUGGAAAACAAGGACACAAUUGA